AUGGGGCUGUGCGGGCGGGGCUGGGCGCGCUGCGGGGCUCUGCGGCUGCCCGCGGGGCCCGGCCCGCUCUGGGCCUUGGCGCUGGGCCGGGCGCUUCGCUGGCAGGGCGGGAGGGCUCGGUACGGUCUCUGGGCGGGGGCGGGCGGGCGGUCGCCGGCCCCGCGGGAGGCCCGCGGGUUGCGGAGCUCCAACCCCUUCACCCGCAGGCAGGAGGAGGAAUGGCGGCGCCGGAACCGGUCGGCGCUCGCUUACAUCGCCGCCGCCGCCGUGGGGAUGGUGGGCAUGUCCUACGCGGCCGUGCCGCUCUACCGCCUCUACUGCCAGGCCACGGGGCUGGGCGGAACGACGAGCGCUGGGCACGGCGCGGAGCAGAUCGAGCGCAUGGAGCCGGUGAGGGGCCGGGUCAUCAGAGUCACCUUCAACGCCGACGUCCAUUCCAGCAUCCAGUGGAGCUUCCAACCCCAGCAGAGCGAAAUCUACGUGGUACCAGGAGAGACUGCCCUGGCAUUUUAUAAAGCGAAAAAUCCUACUGACAAACCAAUAAUUGGAAUCUCUACCUACAAUGUAAUACCCUUUGAAGCAGGACAGUAUUUCAAUAAAAUACAGUGUUUUUGUUUUGAAGAACAGCAUCUAAAUCCUCAAGAGGAAGUGGACAUGCCUGUCUUUUUCUACAUUGAUCCAGAAUUUGCAGAGGACCCUAAAAUGGCUAAAGUUGAUUUGAUCACGCUCUCUUACACCUUUUUUGAAGCAAAAGAAGGACAGAAGUUACCACUUCCUGGAUAUCAGUAAUGAGCAGUCCAUACAAUUUCACUUCUGGUACCUGACUACUAGUUUUGAAACCCUUUUUCCAUGGAAGAAAAAACUGCAUGAGUACUGUGCAAUAUGGAAUUAUAUUAUUAAACCACCAUGUGCCCA